AUUUUAUUCAACAGAUAUUUUAUUUUUCUUUCCGCACCCUUAAAUACUGUUAAGUAAGCGAUAUUAUAAAUACCCGUCAAAUUAUGAUUGUUAAGAGUAGUUAAAAAAAUAAAAUCAAAGAUGUCUGGUGGGCUGGAUGAUAUAGAUCUAGCUGGAUUACGGGAACCUGCUGGGAUAUUCGAACUGGUACAAGUCGUGGGCAAUGGAACUUAUGGACAAGUGUACAAAGGCAGACAUGUCAAGACAGGUCAACUCGCUGCCAUUAAAGUGAUGGAUGUAACUGAGGAAGAAGAAGAGGAAAUAAAGUUGGAAAUCAACAUGUUGAAGAAAUAUUCAGAGCAUCGUAACAUUGCAACGUAUUACGGGGCUUUUGUGAAUAAAACUGCACCUGGCAACGAUGAUCAACUGUGGUUGGUCAUGGAGUUCUGUGGGGCUGGAUCUGUUACUGAUCUCGUUAAAGCAACAAAGGGAAAUUCAUUAAAAGAAGACUGGAUUGCAUAUAUUUGCCGCGAAAUACUGAAGGGCUUACAACAUCUGCACAAACACAAAGUAAUUCACCGUGAUAUAAAAGGCCAGAACGUCCUUUUAACGGAAAACGCCGAUGUGAAACUAGUUGACUUUGGAGUUAGUGCACAGCUUGACAAAACAAUUGGACGACGUAAUACAUUUAUCGGCACGCCUUACUGGAUGGCACCAGAAGUUAUAGCUUGUGAGCAAAAUGCAUCUGCCACUUAUGAUUAUAGGAGUGACAUAUGGUCAUUAGGAAUCACUGCUAUUGAAAUGGCUGAAGGAUCACCUCCUCUGUGCGACAUGCACCCCAUGAGAGCUCUCUUUCUUAUUCCAAGAAAUUCACCCCCGAGACUCCGAGAAAAAAGAUGGAACUCAAGGUUCCAAAGCUUUGUGGAGCAAACACUGAUAAAGAAUUACCACCAGCGUUCCAACACUGACUCCUUGCUACGCCACCCUUUUAUUAAGGACCAACCGAACGAACGACAAGUUAAAAUUCAACUAAAGGACCACAUUGAUAGAACCAAGAGAAAAAAGAUUGGAGAUACAGAGUAUGAGUACAGCGGAUCGGAAGAUGAAACUGAAGAUCCUCCUGAAGAAGGAGCACCAAGCUCUAUCGCCAUUGCUCCAGGAGAGUCAACUCUUCGGAGAAAUUUCCUCAAAUUGCAACAAGAGAAUAAAGAAAGAUCGGAACUCCAGAAGCGAGAGAGACAGCAGAAGGAGUUAAACGAUGAACGGAGAAAGAAUGAGAAGAAGAAAGAAGAUCGAAGAAAAUCGGAUGACCAGCGCGAGAAUUUACGUCGUGAACAAGCGAAGAAAGAAGAGCGCGCACGUGAACAGAGACGUAAAUUAGAUGCAGAGCGUAAACGAAAGGAGGAAGAAGCAAGGUUGAUGCAGGAAAGGAUUCAACAACAAAGAAGAGAGCAAGAGGAGGCUCAUCAAAGAGCAACAGAGGAGGCUCUUAGGAGAAAAAAAGAAAAUGAAGCUCCGCCAAUAUCCCACCAGCGUAGCCACUCUCAACACGUUCGUGAAAAGCCGCAGUGGGCACGCCAGAUCGAAGAAAGAAGCAAACAGAAUAGACCAGAGUCUCCCGUACAGCAACGAAUAAGAUCUGGCUCUGUACAACUAACCCCUAGUCAAUCCCCAAAUCGAAGUCCUGCAUUGCCACGACGACAGCCAAUAAUCCCAGCGCUUGCACAAGACAGAUCUAACCCUGGUACUGUAGAACGAAUUGUCAGGAACUCGCCGCAUCAUAACAGGAAACAAUACCCACAAGUUCCUGAUGAUUUGGACAGAGUUGCUGCGAACUUAAAAGCAAUGGCUGCACCCUCAUUAACCAGACCAAGUGGAAAUCACCAGACCAGAGUUACGGAUUAUUCUUCUUCAUCUAAUAGCAGUGAUAGUGAUGAUUCGUUCAUUGAUGCAAAUCAACAUGGGGGGAUUUCAAACCAAGGAACAUUGGUGAUAAACAACCAAGCAGGGGAUUCAUAUAGUGGGGGAGAUACACGUGGAAGGGAUAAUGGGGGUCUAAGUAACUCGCAAUCAAGUUGGGAUAGAAGAGCUGGUCCUUCAGUUAUGCCGGAUCUACUUCCAAGGAACCAUCCUCAUGACCUACAUGAUGAUACAUCAGCUUCUGCUUCGGGAGCAAGCGUUCGCGAUGAUCGUAAAGUGUCGGUCGUUAACGUGAACCCUCAUUCAUCCGAACACGCACCUGUUGUGACCACUGACAUGCCGGAAAUACGAAAAUAUAAGAAGAGGUUUAACUCCGAGAUUCUCUGUGCUUCUCUAUGGGGGGUUAAUUUACUUAUUGGAGCCGACAAUGGAAUGAUGCUGUUGGAUAGAAGUGGACAGGGAAAGGUUUAUCCUCUCAUUGGAAGGAGAAGAUUUCAACAACUCGAUGUAUUGGAAGGUCUUAACUUGGUGGUUACUAUUUCAGGUAAGAAGAACAAACUGCGAGUUUAUUACCUCAGUUGGUUGAGGAACAAAAUCCUCCGAAACGAUCCGGAAGUUGAAAAAAAGAUCGGUUACGCUCCUGUGGGAGAUUUGGAAGGUUGUACUCAAUAUAAAGUUGUCAAGUACGAAAGAAUUAAGUUUUUAGUCAUUGCUUUAAGAAACAACAUAGAAGUCUACGCUUGGGCGCCUCGGCCCUACCAUAAGUUCAUGGCUUUUAAAUCCUUCAGUGAUUUACCUCACAAACCAAUGAUAGUGGAUCUAACAGUAGAAGAGGGCUCCAGACUUAAGCUUCUGUAUGGUUCCGCAUAUGGAUUUCAUGCAAUAGACGUUGAUUCCGGUCAAAAUUAUGAUCUCUACAUUCCUAAUCAUAUGACGCCACCUAUAACAGCCCAUGCUAUUAUUAUGUUGCCCAACUCUGAUGGGAUGGAGUUGUUGGUUUGUUAUGAGGAUGAAGGGGUGUAUGUUAACACAUACGCCAAUAUUAGUAAAGAUAUUGUUCUACAAUGGGGAGAACACCCAACUUCAGUUGCUUACAUUAGAUCAGGUCAGAUCAUGGGUUGGGGGGAAAAGGCAAUUGAAAUACGUUCCGUUGAAACCGGCCAUUUAGACGGGGUGUUCAUGCACAAACGUGCGCAGAGACUUAAGUUUUUAUGCGAACGAAAUGACAAAGUUUUCUUUGCAUCCGUGCACAGUUCAUCAUCAAGUCAAGUCUACUUCAUGGCCCUUAACAGGAAUUUGCAAAUGAAUUGGUAACUUGAGCGUCCUAUCGCGCUGCUAAGACGCACACUGCUGUCAAACUGUCGUCCAAAUUUUCUGUACAUCUGAUAUGCACAAAGUCCUUAACCUGUCAGUGGUUUAUUCUCAGUGUUGAGAAAAUUCAUACUUCCCAAAAUAACUUAGCCUGGUGAGGAAUAACAACGAUUUUGGUUUUUAUAUUCUCUGAGAUACUUUUAUUCUUCUUACUGUCCACCUAACUCUUAUUAACUUUAAUCAUAUGAAAUAGUGUUUUCUGCUGGGCCUUCUGAGACCGUCCUUUUAAGCAAGUUUAAUGAUGUACACAUGCAUAUGGGAGAAAAAUGUGCUUCCUUGUGGUUUAAAUGUUCGUAGCCAACUGUGUCGCUUUCAAAUGCAGUUGACCACUUAAUACAAAGAUACUACUGCGUGUAAACCAUGCAAAGCAUAAAUAAUAAAUUGCAAUGAUAUUUGUGUCGUCA